GCGCUUCACCCUGGGAGAGAGCCGCCGAGCUGCGGCGCAGAGCAGAGCAGAGCAGAACACGGCAGAGCAGAGCAGAGCAGAAUACGGCAGAGCAGAGCAGAGCAGAGAGCAGGCACCCCCUCCCCCGUAGGAGCACACCCGGACACGCUCAGUGCGCCGCUAUUGAGACACGAGCUUAUUUUUGUUGGCUGGGAUUCCUCUAAAAACAAAAGUAAGCCCACAACAAGGAAAGAGAGCUUCGCUUCUUCUCAACAACAACAACAAAAAAAAACAAAACCAAAAAAAGAAAAAAAAACCCAGAAAAAAAGGGGAUCAAGGCUCCGACGUGACCUGCCCGCCGCCGCUGCCGUUUGACACCCGCCCGCCCCCACGUGCGCAGGGGAGCGCAGCCGAGCAGGGCCGCUCCCGCAUCGCACCGCACCGCACCGCCGGGAAUUAUCGCCGCUGCUACUGCAGGGAUUUCCAGAUCGCCGAUUUUUUUUUUUUUUUUUUUAAAUCUUCCUUGGGAAGCCUCUUCUCUGCCUCUGUUGGGAAUAAAGUUGCUUUUAUUUUUUAAUUUUUUAAAUUUUCUUCCUGAAGAAAAGGAGGAGCAUCGUGGAUUGGGAAAGAAAAAGAGUUUAGCAGAUUAAUUUUAACAUUUUUUCCCCUUCCUUUUUCUUUUACCAUCCGAAAGAGCUGUCAGUCGCCGACAGGCUACAUACGUAGAGGUAUCGACAGAGGGAAAAAAAAGUCAGAGACACUCCUGAAAGAAGGAGACCGUGACACUAACUCUUCCAGCUCUGCUGGGGCGAGCGGCUUUGGCCGCUGUAUUUUUCCCUUAACCCCGAGAGACACUUUCCCUUUUCCCCUGUGACGAGAAGCCAAGGGGCAGGAACGCGAGGGCACCAGAGCUGCCCCUCCAAAAUGGGAGGUCGGUUCCUGCUGACGCUCGCCCUCUUCUCGGUGCUGCUGAGCCGCUGCCAGGUCGGCUGCUCCGGGGUCUUCGAGCUGAAGCUGCAGGAGUUUGUCAAUAAGAAGGGGCUGCUCAGCAACCGCAACUGCUGCCGCGGGGGGGGGCCCGGCGGCGGGCUGCAGCAGUGCGACUGCAAGACCUUCUUCCGCGUCUGCCUCAAGCACUACCAGGCCAGCGUCUCCCCCGAGCCGCCCUGCACCUACGGCAGCGCCAUCACCCCCGUCCUCGGCGCCAACUCCUUCAGCGUCCCCGACGGCGCGGGCGGCGCCGACCCCGCCUUCAGCAACCCCAUCCGCUUCCCCUUCGGCUUCACCUGGCCCGGCACCUUCUCGCUCAUCAUUGAAGCUCUGCAUACGGACUCUCCUGAUGACCUCACCACAGAAAACCCCGAGCGCCUCAUCAGCCGCCUGGCCACCCAGAGGCACUUGGCGGUAGGUGAAGAGUGGUCCCAGGACCUGCACAGCAGCGGCCGCACUGACCUCAAGUACUCCUAUCGCUUCGUGUGCGACGAGCACUACUACGGAGAAGGCUGUUCUGUCUUCUGCCGCCCCCGGGAUGAUGCCUUUGGUCACUUCACUUGUGGAGAGCGUGGCGAAAAAGUCUGCAACCCGGGCUGGAAAGGCCAGUACUGCACUGAGCCAAUUUGUUUGCCUGGAUGCGAUGAGCAACACGGCUUUUGUGACAAACCUGGGGAAUGCAAAUGCAGAGUGGGUUGGCAGGGGCGAUAUUGUGAUGAGUGUAUCCGAUACCCAGGCUGCCUCCAUGGUACCUGUCAGCAGCCAUGGCAGUGCAACUGCCAGGAAGGCUGGGGUGGCCUUUUCUGCAACCAGGACCUGAACUACUGCACCCAUCACAAGCCCUGCAAGAAUGGUGCCACAUGCACCAACACUGGUCAGGGGAGCUACACUUGUUCUUGCCGACCUGGAUACACAGGCUCCAACUGUGAGAUUGAGAUCAAUGAAUGUGACGCCAACCCUUGCAAGAAUGGUGGAAGCUGCACUGAUCUCGAGAACAGCUAUUCUUGUACCUGCCCCCCGGGCUUCUAUGGUAAAAACUGUGAGCUGAGCGCGAUGACUUGUGCUGACGGACCAUGCUUCAAUGGUGGGAGAUGUACUGACAACCCUGAUGGGGGAUACAGCUGCCGCUGCCCACUGGGUUAUUCUGGGUUCAACUGUGAAAAGAAAAUUGAUUACUGCAGUUCCAGCCCUUGUGCUAAUGGAGCCCAGUGCGUUGAUCUGGGGAACUCCUACAUAUGCCAGUGCCAGGCUGGCUUUACUGGGAGACACUGUGAUGAUAACGUGGACGACUGCGCCUCCUUUCCCUGCGUCAAUGGAGGGACCUGCCAGGAUGGCAUCAAUGACUAUUCUUGCACGUGCCCCCCAGGAUACAACGGGAAGAACUGCAGCACCCCGGUGAGCAGGUGUGAACACAACCCCUGCCACAACGGGGCCACCUGCCACGAAAGAAACAACCGCUAUGUCUGUGAGUGCGCCCGGGGGUACGGCGGGCUCAACUGCCAGUUUUUGCUCCCCGAGCCGCCUCAGGGACCGGUCAUCGUUGACUUCACUGAGAAGUACACGGAAGGCCAGAACACCCAGUUCCCCUGGAUCGCCGUCUGCGCCGGGAUUAUUCUGGUCCUCAUGCUGCUGCUGGGGUGCGCUGCUGUGGUCGUCUGCGUCAGGCUCAGAGUGCAAAAGAGGCACCACCAGCCUGAUGCCUGCAGGAGCGAGACUGAGACCAUGAACAACCUAGCGAACUGCCAGCGUGAAAAGGACAUUUCCAUAAGUGUCAUUGGUGCCACUCAGAUUAAAAACACAAAUAAGAAAGUAGACUUUCACAGUGAUAACUCUGAUAAAAAUGGCUACAAAGUAAGAUACCCAUCAGUGGAUUACAAUUUGGUGCAUGAACUCAAGAACGAGGACUCUGUUAAAGAGGAGCACAGCAAAUGUGAAGCCAAGUGUGAAACGUAUGAUUCGGAGGCAGAGGAGAAAAGUGCAGUACAACUAAAGAGUGAUACUUCUGAAAGAAAACGACCAGAUUCAGUAUAUUCCACUUCAAAGGACACAAAGUACCAGUCGGUGUAUGUCAUAUCAGAAGAGAAAGAUGAGUGCAUCAUAGCAACUGAGGUUAGUAUACUGCCUGGCGGUUGGAACAUCAGGGAGAAGUCUCCGUGCACAACCCUCAUCUAACACAUGUCAGGGCAGCUAAACUUUUUUCCAUGUUGCCGCAGUGAUUUGUACCUGUUGACAUCCAGCCAGCUCGAGUUUGUUAUGCUUUGGACGUUGUAAAGACAAGCUCAGUGACUUACUGCUGUGGAUGUUAUGAGUCUGACAGCUUUUGCAGACAAGGGUACAGUGGUAGUGUGGUUGUGGUCUGCUGACCUACCGCUUGGCCAGCUUCAUGCAGAAUCUGUUCUUGCCCGGUGUAGACAAAAGAGUCCCAGUCUGCUGCAGCCCUACAACCCUCCUGUUACUUUCCAUUAACCUCUCCUGAUCUCUGCUCAUGUUUUCUCUCACCAGGUGUAAACCAGAGGUGAUACGGCAAGGUGGUUGUUCAGAACAAUUUCAGAGGAGACGUGCCCCGAUGAAUGCUGCUGAAAGAGGAAUGGGAGAUAGAUUCCUUCACUGACUGCUGCUGAGAAACUAAAUUCAGGCUUGAGCUGGUUCUCUACUGAAGUUAGCAAAGUGACUGCAAAAUAAAGAGACAAGAUGGACACCAGGCAAGGGUCUGUGUUCAAGGAUUACUGUUGCACUGCCUUUUAUGAAUUUUAUCAUUGCACUAUGGUCAGUUGCUUUUCUAUAUAUAUUUAAAUGAAUGGACUUAAUUACUACAUAAGAAGCAUGCACUGCCUGAAGUGUAUAUUUUGGAUUCUUAUGAGCCAGUCUUUUCUUGAAUUAGAGACACAAACACUGCCUUUAUUGUCUUUUUUGAUACUAAAAUGUGUUUUUACUAGGUGAGAAAAAGUGUGUUAUUUUUUUGAAUCUGUAAAAAUAUUUUCAUGAUAAUUGUAAAGCUUGAGUAUUUUGUGAUGUUCGUUUUUUUAUAAUUUAAAUUUUUUGGUAAAUAUGUACAAAGGCACUUCGGGUCUAUGUGACUAUAUUUUUUUGUAUAUAAAUGUAUUUAUGGAAUAUUGUGCAAAUGUUAUUUGAGUUUUUUUUACCGUUUUGUUAAUGAAGAAAUUCAUUUUUAAAAUAUUUUUCCAAAAUAAAUAUUAUUAAUGAUAA